AAAAACUAACAAUACACACAUAAAUUGCGCGCCAUCGGUCCCGCAACAAAGUGACAAGUGACAGAUAGACGACAUAACCAAGCAUGUUUAGCGCGUCUCUGUUGAACACCAUUCACCGCACAUCGUUCAUUUGUUGAGCAAGUCAAACGUACGGAUAUUUCAAUAAUUUUGUGAACAAAGAAUUCGUUUAUUUGGUAGUUUAGAGAGAAAAAGAGACGAACGUGCAUUCAAUAUGGUGGAUACACUGGAAUAUUCGGAUAUUUUGUGCGAAAACAAGGGUCACAUGACCUCGGGCCGGCUCAAAAUGACCGACCAGAAUAUCAUUUUCAAAAACAGCAAAACCGGCAAAGUGGACCAACUCAAUGGCAGCGACAUUGAAAUGGUGAACUUUCAGCGAUUUGUCGAUUCGAUUGGUUUGCGUAUGUUCACAAAGAACGGUUCGUUGCAUCGAUUCAUUGGGUUCAAGUCGGGCGAAGAGAGUAAAUUGGCGGAAUUCUUCAAGAAGAACUAUUCGAAAGAUAUGCUGGAAAAGGAAUUAUCGUUGCGCGGCUGGAAUUGGGGUACCGUACACUUCAAUGGUUCCGUGCUGAAUUUUGAUUGUGAAAAGAAAACCAGCUUCGAAAUACCGUUGCAAAAUGUGUCACAGUGUACGACGGGCAAGAAUGAAGUGACAUUGGAAUUCCAUCAGAACGAUGACACACCGGUGAGUUUGGUCGAAAUGCGUUUCCACAUACCAACCACCGAAUCGGCCGAAAUCGAUCCCAUCGAUGCAUUCCAUCAAAAUGUCGUCAAACAAGCAUCCGUUUUGUCGGUGUCUGGCGAUGCGAUUGCCAUUUUCCGCGAACUACAAUGUCUCACACCACGUGGUCGUUACGACAUCAAAAUCUUCUCAUCAUUCUUUCAACUGCACGGUAAAACGUUUGACUACAAAAUCCCCAUGUCAACGGUACUGCGAUUGUUUUUGUUGCCACACAAAGACAAUCGUCAAAUGUUCUUCAUUCUGUCGCUGGAUCCGCCAAUUAAACAAGGUCAAACGCGUUAUCAUUACCUAGUGUUGCUGUUUGGAAAUGAAGAAGACACCAGCAUCGAACUACCAUUCACAGAAGAAGAGCUGAAAACCAAGUACGAAGACAAAUUGCCAAAGGAAUUGUCUGGUCCCGUGUACGAAGUGCUUGGCAAGAUCAUGAAAGUAUUGGUGAAUCGAAAAUUGACCGGGCCCGGAUCAUUCACCGGUCAUUCGCAAACACCAGCCAUUGGAUGCUCAUACAAAGCUACCGCUGGUUAUCUGUAUCCAUUGGAACGUGGCUUCAUUUAUGUACACAAACCACCCAUGCACAUUCGCUUCGAAGAGAUUGCCUCGGUCAAUUUUGCACGUAGCGGCGGAUCGACGCGUAGUUUUGAUUUUGAGAUCUUGCUUAAAUCCAGUGCGACGCAUACAUUCAGCAGCAUCGAAAAAGAAGAAUACAACAAAUUGUUCAAUUACAUCUCGAGCAAAAAGAUUCCGAUCAAGAACACCGGCAAAAAUGAGAAAACUGCAUCGUAUGACAAUGACUUUGGUGAUUCGGAGAAUGAAGCCGAACCGGAUGCCUAUUUGGCUCGUGUGAAGGCAGAAGGCAAAGCUCGUGACUCAGACGAUGAUGAUGAUGAUGGUAGCAAUUCAGAUGAAUCAACUGAUGAUGACUUUAAUCCGGAUGCUGAAAAAGUUGAAGAUGUUGCCGAUGAAUAUGACAGUAAUGUUUCAACCACGGAAUCAUCGGAAGGUGAAUCUGGUGAUGAUGCGACGCAUGAGAAAAAGAAGAAAAAGAAAGAGAAAAAAGAGAAGAAAAAGGAACGCAAAGAAAAGUCCAGCACCUCAUCAUCGUCAAAAUCAAAGAAAAAGAAGAACAAAGAUGAAAAUGCACCGAAACGAGCAUCGACCGCGUUCAUGUUGUGGCUGAACGAAACACGCGAGGAAAUCAAACGCGAAAAUCCGAAUUUGAAGGUGACCGAAAUCGCAAAGAGAGGUGGCGAAAUGUGGCGUGAACUCAAGGAUAAAUCGGAAUGGGAAGAGAAGGCGGCCAAAGACAAAGAACGUUACACCAAUGAAAUGAAGAAUUACAAACCAGCAGGCGGUGGUGACGAUUCAAGUGGCAAGAAACGCAAAAAGGAAUCAUCAUCGCCAAAGAAAACGACCGCAACAACGAUGGCCGGCGGCGGAUUCAAGAGCAAGGAAUACAUCUCCGACGAUGAUAGUUCCAGCGGUUCUGAUGAUAAUAAAAAGAAGAAGAAGAAAAAGAAGGCCGAAACCGAAUCUGAAGAAGAAGAAGAAGAGGAAGAGGAAGGAAGCGGCAGUGCCAGUGAUUAAACAAAAGCAAAAAAAACGAAAAUCUAUAUCGAAUCGACCUUUUGCAGUAAAACUCAACUACAUUGUUCUAGAUUAAGUUGACCAAUGUUAAAUGUUAUAAGUGUACUUGUUAAGCAACCAAACAAGCAGGCGAAUUAAGAGUGAAGAAAUAUGUAUGUUCUUACUUUUUGUUUCUAUUAUAAGUUAUUGUAAGUAAUUUCAGUAAAUCAUCCAAUUCCAUUCAUUUUUUCCCCUUCUACCGCUGUCUCUCUGGGACAUAAUGAAUAAAACUUGAAAAUACUUGAAUAAAAUAAAAUAUCAUUUUCACAUACAACU